ACAUAGAAGGGCCCCGCGCGCGGCCCGCUUUAGUUGAUAUUUAGUAUUGCUAGCCAAGAAUACACAGCAGCGCCCUCCUUUAUUUUGUUCUCUAUUCUAAAAUGCUCUAAAAGAGGGCACCACUGAGUGGUGCAGCUGAAUAUUAGUUAGUAUUGGAAACUAAAACGAAAAAUUGUUCUCUAUGUUAUAGAUCCUGAGGAGUUGAUGAGAAAGAAAUUCAAAGCGAAAUGCCAGUUCCGAGCGCUUGGUCGUUUGGUGAUGGCCAACACUUAUUGGUUAAUUGAAGCCAUAGACCAGUACGAAGGAGUUGAAGAUGUGAAGAGAAGAGUGGAACAGGCUGUGCGCGGUAAAGCGAAGAAGAAGCAGCUUCUUAAUAUACACGACAAAGCACUGUUGAAUAAACCGGCACAAGAAAGAACUGACCAUGAAAAGAAAUACAUCUACCGCAUAAUUGGAGGUCUGAAAUGUUUCAAACGAUAUCCUAAUCAUGUCAAGAAAAAGCUGGCAGCGGUGACUUAUUUCAAGUACUACGGUCCCGGACGGCCCAUAGUCCGUCAACACCAAGAGGCCCACGCGUUGUACUUCAUAGUGACCGGUGACGUCAUCGUCAGCCAGCUGAUCUUCGACGAGCUUCUCCAGCAAAAUGUGUCCAUCGACGUCGGUGUCAUGCACCCGGGCGACAUGUUUGGGGAAGUCUCCUUACUUCAUAAUAUACCAAGGACUGCUACGUGUACUACUGCUGAUCAUUGCGAACUUUUGGUCCUGAUGAAGGAAGAUUUCAAAAAUGUCCUGCUCGCUUCAGUGCAGAAGCAGUGGGACGAAGUGCGGGAUGCCAUGUCUGCAUUUACAUAUUUUGAUGCGCUUGACGAGGUCGCCCGUCGUGAAGGUUGCAUUGUGGCUAAAAUGAAGUCCUAUGAAGUUAAUGAAACUCUCCUGGGGGACGGCGUGGGCGUGGCCAAUUUCGUCUACUUUAUACUGUCAGGUCGUUGUCAGAUGAUUGAAUCCAUUCAAGUGUCCACGAAGACACAUUUAGGCCGCAAUUCAUACACGUUGUAUGAUCCAUACGUACCCGAAGAAGAAAGUGAACAAGACUUUGAAGCGAAAUAUUUUGGUGCUUACAAAAAUAAAGACGCUAGUAGAUACAGUGCCGAAACAUCUACAUCUAAAAACAAACCAAGUUCAUUCCAUGUAAAUCGUUCAGGCCAGAUUUCGAGCGCAACUACAAAAUCGAGUAUUAAAAAAAUGAAACAAUCCCAAGAACUAAAACAAGAAGCAACGAUUCCUUUAGCUGUUCUGGACGAAACUAAAACAGGAUCUAUUGUGGAAGCGGGAGGAGUAAGCAAAGCUGGCAUUUCGGAGCCAGAGAUAGCCCACAAGUCUCAGGUCUUGUACCCACCGAGUGCUGCUGAAAUACCUCGAGAUUCCAUAAGGCUUAGCGUUAUUCCAGAAAUUGUCAACAUACCUCCACCAAAUCUCAAGACUUAUUUUAUGCAGGUGUGCCAAUUGAAUCCUGGGGCGAGCUUCGGCUUCGGAGAGAACAUGCGCGACCGGCGGAUCGUGGCGUUGACACCCGUGGACUGCAUGCUGAUGCCGAAGAUAUGGCUGCUGCAGCGCAACACUGCUAAUAUCUGGACCCGUAUACAACAUUAUUUAGAGAAGAAGGUACCCACGAAGAAGCAACUGUUUAAAGACUUCGUCGCUCAACGCCGCUGGAUAGACUUCCGCAACCAGAUGGUAGAUGACGUCAUCGCCCGCUCCAAUACUGUCAACUGGACUUCUGUCCAUGACGUGCCUUACUCCAUCAGAAUGGAAGAAAUGCUCGAUAUUUAAAUCAAUAAAUUUAAAUUUUUGUUCCUA